CUCUCCCGCUGCUCUCCCAACUUUCGUUCCCGCUGCUCUCCCUCCCUCCCAUGAUGGAUCCAAUGGCUUUCAAGCCUGAAAAAGCUGCGUUUGGAGCUCUGGUUUUCGAGUGAUCUUUGUGAGUGGAGUUCGUAAAGAUAGAGAGGGACUCCUUGCAUCACUGAUUGUGUGAUGGCAGAGCUUGAGAAGCUAGGUCAGAAAUAUCGAGUUGCUUUGAGAUUGCUAAGGAUCCUCGUUUUGAAAGACUAAUUUGUACUCAUAAAGGGACCUAUGCUGAUGACUGUAUUGUUGAUAGAGUUACUGAGGACGGAUAGUGCCUUGAGGUUCGGUUGGUUUUUCCUGUUCUACUUGAUUCACAUUGGGUUUUGUAUUUUCGCUGCUAUUGCGCCGCCACUUGUCUUUCAUGGGAAGUCAUUGACGGAAAUCCUUGCAGCAAUCGAUGUCUUCAAUGACCAUGUAUUGGUUGGGGUACGUUGUUCCGUUAAUGGCUCUUAUUACUGCCUAUUUUGAUAUGAAACUGCAGAGUCAUGGGAUGUUCGUGCAGUUGGUGGGGGUAGUUAUCAAUGAAUCUUAGGUUGAUUUAUUCUACUUCUUAUGUUCAUAGUAUAAAGCUGUCUAAUAGGAGAUAUGUAAUGGUGUAGAAUGUGCUGCAAAAGGAAAAGAGUGCUUUUAUUUUUCUUUUUUAAAUCACAUUGAUGUAAAUGAUUCAACAUUACAAAAAAUGAAUGCGUAGAGUGCUUAGUGGGAAAAUAGACCCAUGUACCUAGAAGAUGUCAUAAUAAAUAUG